UCCCUCUCGCUCCUCCUACUUCUCCGUGUCGCCACCUGACUGACUAACUGCUGCUGCGUCGGCGUCAUUAUGAAGGCCUUGAUUCUGCUCCUUCUCGGGGCGUGCCAGGCCCUGCAGCCGGGCUUGGAGUACCAGUACAGGUACAGCGCCCGGGUCGCCAGCGGGAUACCAAGCAUCAACAGGCAGUUCGCAGCUGCAGGGAUACAAGCUGACGUCACGGUCCAGAUGGCUGCAGAUUACUCGUUUGUGGUGCAGUUCAGCAACAUCGAGGUUGGAGACUUGAACAAGGUCCUGGACUGCGACCUACGAGCUCCUCUGCCCAUUGAGUACCACCCCCUGGAGGACUACGUCGACCUCCUCGAGAAGCCUUUCAGGGUCGUCAUGAACGAGUCAAUUGUCCCAAGCUUCAUGGAAGGGCCUGAGGAACCCGUCUGGAUCUCCAACGUAAGGAAGGGCUUCGUCAACAUCUUCAGAGUGCCGUUGUUCUGGGAUACUGAAUUACAAUCUGCCAAGCUUAACUACGGUGCUGUCGAGGAAACUCUGGUUGGACGUUGCCAGAACUGGUACACGUCACUGAAGUUACCAGUGAACCUGGCUGAAGAGGUCAAUGUCCAACGAGAACACUUCAUGGAAGAGGAUAUCCAGCGAGAUGCCUACUCCUCCAGCUACACUACAAAAACCAAAUCGAAGACUAGCAAGACGUCUUCCAAGACUUCUUCAAAGACUAGCAAGACCGGCAAAACAUCUCCGGGUCAGUUGGCGAACGUGCCCCAUAUUGAGGAUACACUCUGGUCCGUGAGGAGAACCACAGACUUCGACAUGUGUGAAGGCAUGGUGUCUCUGCAGAUCCACAGCAGCAAGUACACAGAGGAUGUCAUCCAGAGGAGCUCGGUGGCAAGCUACCUCAUCCGCGGAGACACGAACCGAAGGAUCGAGCAGGCCGUGGUGGAGGGAACCAUCACUGUCUUGACCAACAAGGAGCAAAACGAGCAUGUGGACACCUUCACCAACCAGACCUGGGAGCUGAAGGCUGUGCGUGAGGUUGGCGAGCCCAUCACUAUUACUUAUGACGUCCAUCCUCACUACAACUGGCACUACGAUUUCGAAAGGCCACAGGGCGACCAGUUCAUUCCUCUGGAGCAGGUCCUCACAGGCAGGCCGGUCACAGACCAAAUUGUCAAUGGCAUUAUGGAAUACAUCAAGAAAACCGUCGACGACCUUGCGCAACGCAUGGCAAAACAACCGGCUGAACCUGAGAGCCUUAGUUACAUCAUGGGCCGCCUCGUCGAAGCCGUCGCCAACCUAGACUAUCCACAUAUCCAGACCCUUUACAGCCACUUCGACGGCAAAGGCACGCUGCAUAAAAACAUCUUCGCUCAGAUGGUGAUCUUCGCCGGUACAGAACCAUCAGUCACUUUUGCAGUCGAUGAGAUCAAAGAACCAGUGCUCAAAGCUGAUUUCUAUGGCAUCUUUGCUUCCAACCUACGCAGUCCAGCCCCGAUUCCUAAGAUCUUGAAAAUGCUCAUGGACGAGGAGGAAGGUAUGGUCCAUUCCAUCGGCCUCAUGAACUUCGCCACUCUGGCCCACGACGCGUGCCUCAGCGAGAACAGGAAGCACUUCUACUUCGACUACAGCUGCGGCCCGAAGACCACGUGCGACCCUGAGCUCAUCAUCACCACUUUCAUCCCUUACCUCGUGCGAGGCCUUGGGAAUCAAGAGAUAGACGUCUGGCAGCGGCUCACAUACCUUCAGGCGCUGAGCAACCUGGGAACGCCACAGACAAUCAACGUACUGAAGCCCAUCAUUCUGGGCGUCACCGAAACCAACAUCUUCAUGAGAACGAAUGCCAUCUGGAGUCUGAGCGCUUACAACAUGCAGAAGUCCGCCCUCUCGCAGAUCUACGAAAUCCUGAUGCCGAUCAUCGAGAACAAAGGGGAACAGUUUGAGAUCCGAAACAUCGCCUUCCUCACGCUGGCAACCUGGGGUCCUGGCCACGCCUGGUGGCAGCAGUUGGCGGUUUCGACCUGGCAUGACCCUUCGCCCCAGUUCGCCAACUUCGUCACCACGACCAUCUACUCCAUCUCUGACAGCCACACGAAACUGGCAGAGACAGUGUCCCGCAUUAAGCACCUGUGCAAGCCUGCCGCCCCGGCGUCCAUUCUUCACUCGACCAACUUCUUCCUGCACGAGUACCUCUUCUCAGAGGAGCACGGGUCGCGAGUCAACUUCGCUUGGUUCGCCAGCGUCCACGGGGCCAUUCCCGAGGAGGUGUUCCUGCGCAUCCAGACGGAGUUCUUCUAUGGCUACACACGGGUCACCAAGAUUGAUUUACAACAACGAGGGUUGGAUUCGUACGCGCACGUGUGGAAAAUGUCCAUGCAAAAGCCCAACAAGAGGCCGGUGCAGAGCUCUGCACGGGAGAUCGUUACCGGAAUGUGGGAGGAACUAAAGGAGAAAAUCGGAUUUACGUCGCCUACAACCUUUCGAGACUUAAAUUUGUGGUACAAGUUGGACAGGGUUCUUUUCAUGUUUACUAAAGGAGAUCCUCUGGGCUAUUAUUCCGAUGAAGGCACACAAGUCUUUUACAAACAAACGCCGAUUUUCGACCGGGAUCUCUACAGCUUUAUUGCUUUUCCGACUGAGACCGGACUUCCUUUCAGCGUACAGUAUGUUGAUGAGGCUGUCCUUUCGCUGAACAUAAAACAUGUAGAUUAUAGCGCCUCAGAUGGAAAGGUGAAAGGUAGCGUGGCUCUCGUUUUUGAAUCACACCAAGAUCUCUUCGUGGAGGCAAGAAUCUACCUGCCGUGGUCAGAGAGACCCGCCAUCACCUCAGGUCUCUAUGCGAAAACUGAGCUCAUUCUACCUCUACACGUCCACGGCUCCUUUAACCUGAUAAACCAAGAGAUUGAAGUGUCUAUAGAGCCGACUAGCACCGAGAAGAUCGACGUGUUCCAAAGUGAAGUCGUCCCUUACACUGUCCUUGAGACCAACUAUCCCUGCGAAGUGUUGAUCACCGAUAAUCUAUACAAGCCUAUCCUACACGGAGAGUUUCCUUUGUUCAACGAUAGACACCAAGUUUUCCCCUAUGAUGUGGGUCUAUGGCUCGAAAUCGUAACAGACGGUGACAUCCAUCAUAUACCAAGCAUCUAUGAAAGGAUCACUCAGAUAUUCGGCACUAGCAUCACCACGCAAACCUGGGAACAAAAGGUAGUCUUUGACCCUACUCUCUCCACCACCAAGGUCAUCUCAUUCACCUUCAACUACGUGUCGACUGGAGGCAGCGGGUCUCUGGUUCAACGAGGCGACUACGACGAUGAUGGACAGAUAUCGCAGGGUUCGUUCGAUGAAGAUUUCGGACAGUUCUCACAGGUGGCCGGUGGAAGUCAGGACACCCUGGAAGUGGAUAGCUUCGGAACACAGAGCCAGACCAUAGAACGCAUCAUGAGGCUGCAACAGGCAUUGAUUGCAUCCGGAGGGCACGUGAGAACCAUCAGUGUGGAAGUAGAGCUUCAGGGAACUCCCACGAGGAACUAUGAGGCGAGCCUGACCUGGGCGAUCUCCAGCUCCGGCUCGACGAGAUCCUCCAAGGUGCAAGUGACACUCAUCAAGCAUCCGGCCGUCGGUGUCUUGGAGGACCCAUACACUAUCUGCCUGAACGCCCAGAUUGUGAAGCCGCAUUUCAAUCCAUUCUUCACCACUGAGGAUGUUCUGACGGCCAACUACCAUUCCACAGUCAAGGCUGAAUUGUACGAGGGCGAGACGUGUGAGGAAUCACCGGUCUUGUUGUUGGAGGCUUCAUUUGAUGUCAGCAGCAAUGUCAAGGAGAAAGUGAAGGAAGCAAUAGAGAAGGACUGCGACUACAGUACCUACGCUCCUGGCAUUGACAUCAUCACUUCUCCUUUGUAUGACCACUCUCACAUCACUGCCACCUGGACACCAGACUUCCCAGACAACCUGAAGAACCUUACAUACUAUGUUGAUGACAUCAUCAAGGCUUCUCUGUCCAAGAAGAUCGAAUUUGACCACACCAGCGCGCAUUACGCUUCCAAGAUUGAGAUUGAUGCUACAAAGUGCAUCGAGACUGGCCUGUGGACCAUAAGGACAGAGAAACCCUAUGCCGUGUCCAUCAUCAACGAACUGGAACUCCCGGCGUGGGCCAACCCGAUCUUCACACCCGCGCCCUUAGCGACCACCCUGCUCUAUGACCUCGCUGUCGGUCGCACGCCAGUGGCCUGUACCAUUGAUGAAACCAAGGUCAGGACGGCAGAUGGCAGGGUGUUCUCUUAUGAGCCCAGUGAGUGCUGGAAUGCUAUGACCUUCGACACGACCUUUGACCAGCGAGGAGCCAUGCUCGUUCGGAACACAGGCCAGUGGGAGGUCCGCAUUAUUUGGCAGAAGGAAGGCCUUGUAAUUGAUAUGUCUCCAACCAAUUUCCUUGUAAAUGGUGAGCCAGCUAAAGGAACAGAUAACAGGUACACCGUCUUGCACCAUGAUGACAGCCAUACAAUUGUAUUCGAAAGUGGAACACGUGUCAAAGUUUCGGACAAGGUAGAAGUGCUGCUGGGACUGGACCACCGUGGGCACACUACUGGUUUAUGUGGAAACUUUGAUGGUGAGCCAUCCAAUGACAUGGUAGGACCCAAAGGCUGCCACUACACAGAUGGCCAUCUCUUCGCCCUUUCCUGGGCAUCGCCUGGAGAAGGAUGCGCAUCCUUCAUGUACAAGAACUUGAAACGUGAUGUGGAAAAGUACCAGGAGACCUGCUCUCACUUCACCUAUGAGCCGACCGGAGUCACACAUGCUAGUGCUCUGUACGAGUGCACAGAGUGGGUGUACCACCAGAGGACAGAGGGCCAGUACCACUGCAAGGCUCUCAGCCCCAUGCCAGUGUGCAAACUCGGAUGCGUUGCCAACCACCCCAUCACCACAUCGGUCGAGUAUGAAUGCAAAUUCAGCGGACGGCAGCAACAGGCACAGCAGCAGCAGCAGCAAGUGCAGGGGACACAGUGGCACGACUGCUUCCCUCACUCCUACCCCCUGACCUACCCAUCUUUAUGUGUCCCACAGUAACGGAUACACAAUAUCCUAAUUUCUGGACUGUAGUUCGUCCUAAAAGAAACAAACAAUGUAGCAAGUCUUUUCUCGCAGUCCUCAUCAACUUUUCUUUACCUCAACACCCUGCUAUUUUGUACCCUUAUUUCUUCAUUUCCUUUAUUAUAACUAUUAUAUUUUUUAUAUAAACAUUCUGUCUUUUUUAUUGAGAACAUUUAGUUUGCUUUCCAUUUGUCUGUGUACUAUUGCGAAUGAAUUUAACUGAUACUUUGCAAUUUUGUCGGAGAAUCACCUUGCAUUUUAUUUUCUGAUUUAUAGGCUGUGGGGUGCUUGAUUAAGCCCAUUUUUGUUCUAUUUCGAUAAAGUAAGAAUAAAGACUAAUUGAGUCAAGAUAUCAUAAUGAAUGGAAGAAAAUGUAUCAGAUAUUGUUGUUUAUGCUUAUUACUGAUGGGAAAGAUUCAGUGUAUUUCGUCAAAGAAAUAUGGAAUAGGGAGUGAUGCCACGGGACACGGAGAUGGAGCUUAACAAGAGUUGCGUGUGGGUAGAGAACGGGCACAAAUUGUUUUUUUUUAUUAUUGUAAGAGGAUAAUGGUUCAUCUAAAAUAAAUUUAAGGCUUUCAAA